AUGGCCGUCAUUGAAUCCGCCCUUGUAGGGGUGACGCAGUUUGUUGCCAGACAAGCCGUCUCCUCUGCAUCUCCAUCCUUGGAUCUUGCCUCUACGACGCCGACCCUUUCAUCUGCAACGUCGACCGCCCCUCCGGCGGCAUCAAGCAGUGCCGAUGAAAGUAAUGGCGAUGGCGGCGGCGGCGGUGGUGGUGGUGGUGGUGGCGGCAGUUCUCCCCUCCUAUUUUUUGUGGCUCUGGGCUUCGGUGUCGUCUUCACUAACUUAUGGAUUAUUGUUGGUGUUAAGUACUGCUUCCGAUACAACGCUCGUAACCGGCAAAUGCGUCUCAAUGAGGAUGGCGAACCCAUAAACCUUGACAACAUGCCCCGCCCCCACCGGCGGCGCCGUGAAAAGAAGCUCAUGACCAUGGAUGAGGUGAACGAUAAAUUCCCCAUGAUGAAAUAUAAGAAUUGGGUUCUCGAGCGCGCCAAAGAAGGGUUACCGACCGCAGGAGGAGUAUCCGCCCCGGCAAGUAGGGCAAGUAGCCUUCGUUCUGCCGACGGUAUUGUGCCGCCUGUUGCUCCCGAGGAACCCUCCGGGACUAGGGACGCGAGCGAUGCUUCUGGUACUGCGGCUACCACAGCUACGCCUGCAACACUCGCCACAACAUCUAGCCCAACGAGUCCUGACCAAGGAACCCAGCACGCGCUCGACGAGAAGAGCGCCACAAAGCCGGCAGAUAAUGGCGAAUCCACGGAUCGUGCUGCUCCCGAGCCAACAAGGGACAAUCUUGCCACCACUCCCGCCGCCAAUACAACGACCGAUGCACCAUUGCAACGGGUUACUUCUGCCGAUGAUGACGACGACGAGCACAUUAAUGCUGCCUUGCCACCUGAGUUGAUGGAGACGAGCGGGGACACGUGUGCUAUUUGCAUCGAUACGCUUGAAGAUGAUGAUGACGUUCGCGGAUUGACUUGUGGACAUGCUUUCCAUGCCGUCUGCGUCGACCCCUGGCUUACAAGCCGACGUGCUUGCUGUCCUCUCUGCAAGACCGAUUACUACAUUCCUAAGCCGCGCCCUCAAGCCGGCGAGAUCGACCCCAACAACCCCAAUGCUGGCUCUACUAUGGACGGCAACCACAUGCGUAUGCACCUGCACAAUGCUCCUCCGGCGGCCUGGUAUGACCUAAGGAAUAGCCGUUGGGGGUUUGGGGGUCGCGUCGGUGGUUUCAUGCCCUCGGGUACGCAUACUCGCAAUACUCGUGCUGCCCGUAGGCCUCGGCGACGGCGUACCGAGCCACAACCCGCUGUCCCGACCGCUCCGGUAGAACAGGAGGUCACCCAGCCGCAAGUGACUACCAGUGAGGCCCAGACUAGCGGCGAAAACUCGUCAGCACCCAAUACGCGGAGAUGGCGCUUUCAGCUUCCUUGGAGGAGGAACAGGAAUACUGAGGCAUCCCCCCAGACCGAGAUACCCAUGGCAUCUGGGGCGAACGUCACGAACGUGACCCCGUCUCAGCUCGAGUCUGGCACCCAGCCGGUCUCAACCGGCACGACAGAAGCGGUACGGUGA